GAUACCCAGUUCGCAACGAAGAAAUCGGCGAAGAGAUUCGCCGCCGCCGCCAAAAAAAAGUUCGGCUGCAGUAGCAGCGACGAUACCCUGAUCACCACCGCCAUACAAGCUGUCUGAAUCAGUUUCCGUCGUCAAAAGGAGUGGGCCGCAGAAUUCUGCUCCGAUUUCCUCGACGAAUUGUUGGAAUUGGCUGCAAAGAUAUCUCCCCGACUCCGAGAGCUCGACAUUCAAGCCUGCUUUCCCGGCUACAUUGACAGAGCUCACCGCUUUGAUGGGUCGAUGACGUGUACCAUCCCGCGGGGGUUAUUGGUGCCCAAUUCCAAUUCCGGCCACCGAUUCCGCCUCCAAGUUCUCAAGCUGGUCAACUGCAAUUUCGAUCAGUUCAAAGAUACCCAAUUCGCGGACCUCGGCAGCUCCCUCAGGGAGCUCUCUCUCUCCCGAGUCACCUUCCCUCACGACGACGGCGACGGCGGCCGAAUUCUGAACAGCAUCAUCGCCGGCGCCUCUCUGUUACAGAGGCUGUUUCUGUCGUCAAUUGUGGGGAUUCGUAGGGUUCAGGUUGGGAAUCUUCCGAGCCUGAAAUUCUUGUUGUUUGACCAAUCCCCGGUGGAGGAUCUGGUGAUUACAGCGGUCGACUCCCUGGAAGAGCUGUUCAUCUGUGAUACGCCGAUGGGAGGUGAUUUUGUGGUGUCGUUGAUGCCAAAUCCGAAAAAACUAGCUGUCGCUAACGGUAAGGAAUUCAUUCUUUUUGCUGUCAAAUCAUACUUUUUGCUGUCAAAUCAUACUCACUUUAAACCGCUAGUUUCAUUAGUUCCAAUCUUCCUUUUGUAAAGAAGUUUUUUUUUUACUCUGUCCUAGUAUAUCAAGCAUGCAAAUGGGCAAGGUGGAAGGUUGAUGAACUAAUUUCAAAGGCUCCAUCUUUGGAGUCACUCUCCCUCAAAGGCUCCCGUGGUACGAUGUUUUACAGUUUAUCAAGACAAUUUCAGCUAUUGUUUCCCCCUAGUUUUGUCCUUUGGCAUUGCUCCUUCCUCUACAUAGUUUUGUUCCCAGCUCUUUAGCCGUCUUUUUUUGACCAAUACAUUUCUUCUUCAUAAUGGAGUUGGGUUUUUUGAUUUGUUGACAGUAUAUAUGCCGCCAGUUUAUGAUGAGAAAUUCUUAUGAUAGUCAUUGCGAAACCGGACGUAAGUGUUGGCGCCAUCAACUCAAAGAUAUGAAGAUUAUAAAACGGGAUACAAUCGGGAGUAUAGGAGUAGAGGAUGAAGACAGAGUGAUGGACGUUUCAACAGAUACAUGUAAAACCAUUGCUGAAGCAAAACAGAUUAUACUCGUGUUGACAUGGAAUUAGAUUCGGUUGAAGUGGUCGUGUUUUCGUUGUCUGAGCUCAAUCUUAUUUGUACUUGUUGACAGAGACCAAUUUGUAGUGUGCUUGCUUAUGCAUUCCUUGCAAAAGUGAUAGGAGUACCAAUUCAGUCUGAUAUGCUUCUACAUUCAUCCAGAGUGCAUAUUUGGUACUUGGUAACAAAACAGACUCUUUCGUCAGUUGUUCGAUUGCAUUGGAUUUGCAGAUUCACUAGAAACCCAGAGCUCAAUAUACUCAUUCCUGGCAGAGUGGUAGUUCUACGUUUUGGGAGUUCAUCUUUUUCCAGAAGACAAGACAUGGUGAUGUAUGCAGAGGAUGAAACAUGAUUGUCAAAAAUUCAGGAUCGAACAGAGCAAGUAGAGAGACUAUUUACAUAUAUAUAGUUUAGUUGCUUCACGCCCAAGAAAACCCCAGUCUGGCCACCAUGGAUCAGCAAGUCAUCGUUCGAAGCAGGCCUGAGUUUGCUCCUUCUGCUGGCUUCCAUAUGAUAUCGUCGAGCUUUGCACAGAAGUUCUUGUAGAACUGCACACCACAAACGCCAUCACAAAUCGAAUUUGACUCUAAUCCCCUCUAGAAUGUCCAAUUAGAGAGGCAGACUAACUAGAUGGUGAUAUUAUUAUACUUGGAGAGCUACCUACCUUGUGAUACUCGAGAGUCUCCCCUGAUGCCUUCCUUACGUCUACCAUGAACAGUGAAGGUGCGACUUCGUAAACCUAUGGAGCAUAAAACAAUGGAUGAAUCUGGUUAAGAUCGGUUACAGGAUGGAGGGAGGAGAGAGCAAGCUGUAAAGAAAAGUACCUCCAACACCACUGCUAAAUGACCAGUCUUAUUCGCUGACAUUCCUUCAAGCCUCAUCUGCAAGGGAGUUUUAUUUAGUACAUCGGCUUAUUUCAGAUGCUUAUGUAGAACUGAUACACUAUUUUGGCUGCAUUUCCUUUCUUUGUUUUAUGCAAUUUAGUUUCUAGCUCCUGUUAAUCAUAUGAAGUCCAUUAUACAGAUUUGGCAGGAAGUGAACACGACCUAGGACAGCAAAACGCUAUACUGUACCAGCAAUGCUAUCACGCUUAUGGAAAGUAGAGGUAGUGUUUAGAAAGGCUUGGACCUUGUAACCACGCGUAUGAACCUUGAGGCCGAAUGAGACAGCAACUGCUUCGACUGUUGAGAUUAUAUCCUUUGCUGGUCUACGGGAUACAAAACGAGUUUGCCUCUUUAUAUAGUCCUGUCCACGGCAAUACAAAUAUGAUGGAUUCAGGUAAUGGAUUCAGUAUCAGCAGCAAAAAAUAAAACAAAAAUUGGCCUAUUUGUGGAGAUAACAAGGCUUUCAAACUUCUGCACUCCAUGAAUUCGAUUUUUGAAGAAGUUUUCAACAGAGUGAAACCUCUUUCAUUAGAAUGAAUGCUAACAACAUAUCUGUGGUGGUGAAAUAUAUACCUGGUGUCUGUCAAACAGUGCUGAUAGAUUUAGC